CAGACAUCUUUUCAAGGAAAUGGAAUAUCGCGUCGCUAUGUCAUAUAAGACCAAUGCGUCAUUUUUGCUGAACGCGUAAAAUGUAGAAAACAGGUCUAUUUUGCAAAUUUUUAAGUUACGUGGACUACCUAAUUGUAUAUUAAACUAUUAGAAAGACGAUAAUCAUAUUUUUUACUGCGGAUGAUUAACCUUAAUGUGAAUAUUUUGUGAUAACAUGAUGAGAAUUCGAAGAUGAGUGACGAAACUCCGGGGGUAGGGCAGGGUGCUCUGCCCCCGAGAGAGGGCCAAAGCCUUCGACUCCUUGCAGAGCGCCCUACUAGUGGUGCUACGGUAAGGGUAGCCCAGGUUGUUGGUGGUCAGUAUGUGUUGACAACACAAUCACAUGGUAUGCCAGCUCUAGCACAGAUUGCUGCUGGGAAUCCCAACGUCACUCGUCUGAUAAGCAUCAGUCCAACUAGAGGUGGACAAUCGUCCCCACUAAGGCCCAGUUUGGCCAAUCAGUCGAUCGUUAAUGUUCUUACCAAGUCUCGACCAAAUCCUAAUGUACGCUUACAGUUAUUUCAAUCCGGUGAGAGUUCUGGAAACAAUGUCCAGCAUAGUCCCCAUUCGAGAUCACUCAAAAGGCCGUUGUCUUCCACGGGUGAAAAAAAAGAUAGCUACGCUUCUAAGCUGCAACAUGUAAUGAACCAUCGCAUUGUUCGCUCAAAAUUAAUGAAAGAAAAGUAUAAUGAACAUCUUCUAGAGGCCUAUUAUUUAGAGACCGGAAAUAACAUUCUAGAUUUAUAUCAAUUUGCCAAAAGACCUAAAACCCAAGCGUAUCUAGCUUAUCUUAAGGAACAUGCCAUCGAUCCUCGAGAUUAUCCUGAACUUCAGACUACAACAACUGUUACUGUACCGCAAACGACGCCUAAUACACCAACUGCUACCUCUGUCAGCUCUCUGCCCGGUAUCUCUCAUAGUUACGCCAUCCAGACUACCAGUUCUACUGUAACGACACCAGAAAGUAACAGUAACACCUCUACGCCGAAAUCAGUAUCUGUCAAAGUGAAGUCUACAUCACUUCCGAAUACUGUUAGUCAAGAGAUGAUUGUAGAGAAGGCGAAACAAGAAGCGUACGUGGUCCAACGAAUAGCCGAUUUACAGAAGGAAGGAAUAUGGUCUGAAAGGAGACUUCCCAAAGUGCAAGAGAUGCCUCGGCCUAAAGCGCAUUGGGACUUUUUGAUCGAAGAAAUGGUCUGGUUGGCAGCUGAUUUUGCGCAGGAACGCAAAUGGAAGAAAGCCGCCGCGAAAAAAUGUGCCAGAAUGGUACAGAAGUAUUUCCAAGACAAGGCGCUCGCCGCCCAAAAAGCGGAAAAGGCUCACGAACAAAAUCUUAGAAGGAUAGCCGCGUUCUGUGCAAAGGAGAUUAAGAUCUUUUGGAACAACGUCGAAAAACUCGUCGAGUAUAAACAGAAUACAAUCUUGGAGGAGAAGCGGAAAAAGGCGCUCGAUCAGCAGCUUAGUUUUAUCGUGGAUCAGACUGAGAAGUAUUCGCAGUUGCUUGCCGAAGGAAUGAAUAAGACCGCAGAACAGCCUCCUAGUUCAGCGCCAUCUCGAUCAGUGUCUCGAACGCAGUCUGAUACAGAAUUCGAUCCGGAUCUUCAGAGCGAUGAAGACGACGAAGAGACCAUUGCUCGAGAAGAAGCUUUAGGUAACGAAGGACAUAAAGAAGAAAUCGAAGCGCUACAGAAAGAAUCUCAGAUGGAAUUAGACGAUUUACUAGAGGACGAUUUCCUGAGGGAUUACCUUUUAAAUCGAGACACGAUCCGAUUCAGCGAAUCCGAAGAUUCGGACGAUGACACGGACUCGAAAAAAGAAUCUUUCAAAGGCGACAAAGAACAGUCUGACGAUUCUGAAUCUUCUAAAGAAGAAGAUACGGAAGACGAGAGCGAAGAUGAAUCUAUGAAGGUUACUGAAUCGGUUGUUAAAGAAGAACACGACGAGUUGAAAAUAUUAGUAGAAGAUUCUCAAAAAGAGGGAGAAAUUAAGACUGAACAAGAUACAAAAGACGACCUUAUCAAUGACGCAGCUGCUAUAGCUGAAAGUAUCCAACCUAAAGGAAACACCCUGUCUUCUACUAAUGUAUCAACAAAUAUACCAUUUUUAUUAAAAUAUACGCUAAGAGAAUACCAGCACAUCGGUUUGGAUUGGCUGGUAACUAUGUUCGACAGAAAACUGAACGGUAUAUUAGCAGAUGAAAUGGGUUUAGGCAAAACAAUACAAACGAUAGCUCUUCUAGCACACUUGGCGUGCGAGAAGGAAAACUGGGGCCCCCAUCUGAUAGUAGUCCCCACUUCUGUGAUGCUGAAUUGGGAAAUGGAAUGCAAAAAGUGGUGUCCGGCUUUUAAAAUUCUAACGUAUUACGGAACGCAGAAGGAAAGAAAAUUUAAACGGAUAGGAUGGACGAAGCCUAACGCGUUUCACAUAUGCAUUACUUCGUACAAGCUAGUCAUUCAGGACCACCAGAGUUUCAGGAGGAAAAAGUGGAAGUAUCUGAUACUGGACGAGGCCCAAAACAUCAAGAAUUUCAAGUCGCAACGAUGGCAGCUGUUGUUAAAUUUUCAAACUCAACAACGUCUGCUGUUGACUGGUACACCUUUGCAGAACAACCUCAUGGAAUUGUGGUCCCUUAUGCAUUUUUUAAUGCCGAACGUAUUUCAGUCGCAUAGAGAGUUCAAAGAAUGGUUUUCGAAUCCGGUGACAGGAAUGAUUGAAGGAAAUUCUGAAUACAACGAAAGUAUUAUCAAGAGACUGCACAAGGUAUUAAGACCAUUUCUUCUAAGGCGGUUGAAAAGCGAAGUGGAAAAACAAAUGCCAAAAAAGUACGAACACGUGGUCAUGUGUAGGCUAUCCAAACGACAGAGGUAUUUGUAUGAUGACUACAUGUCCCGAGCAAAAACGAGGGAAACUUUAACUACUGGAAAUCUGUUGAGUGUUAUAAAUGUGCUGAUGCAGCUGAGGAAAGUGUGUAAUCAUCCGAAUCUAUUUGAAAUUAGACCAACGACAUCGCCUUUUCAGUGUGACAACAUCCGGCUUCAUAUUCCAUCCAUUGUAUAUUCAGCUUUAGAUUACGAUCCUGAUAAGCACGUGAACCUUCAAGCUUUAAAUCUUCUACUAAUCAUGCAAGAAAUCCACUUUGGUUCGUACCAGUGUUACCGGAUGAGACAAUCAAGAAAUUCCAAGAAAAUUUUCGAAAUGGAAACGAAUUCUAGCAAAAAUCCACCACCUUGUCCGCCAUGUAAGUUAGCCAUGCGAGUUCUAACAGACAAACCUUCAGCCACUGACGAAAAGAAUGAGAAGAAAGACAUGCAAGCUUUAAGUCAGCCGCCUCCAUUGCAAGUUAAAGGAAUGAGCCAGCCUAACAUGAAGAUGAAGGUUUCUGGAGUGCAAUUUGUUCCACAGAGCAUACUUAAAUCAAUUCCAGUAGUGAACAUAUCACAAGGGGCUACAGGUCAAAUCGGAGCACCUGUUAGUGUGACAUCUGUAUUAAAACCACAAGACAAAAUAUCUGCUAGUUUUGCACAGCUAGUUCAAACGUCUACUGGCAAACACUUGUUACUAACGUCGAAUCCCAACAUUACGACGAGCCCAGUGACAACUACAACACCAGGUGGACAAAAAUUGACCUUCCUAUCGAAGCAGCCCGUUUCUACGAUUGGUAAUGCGGGCCAUGCUGUAACGAAAGCUUAUGUCAAAUUUCAGUUAACGUCUGUUACGACAGCAUCAACUUUCACAACAGUUACGACAGUCAACUCCAAUACGAUAUCUGUAGCUAAAAGUGAAGAUAACAAAGGGAUGCGAAUGUCUGUUGGUAAUGAUUAUAUAGGUAAACUUUAUUCUAAACAAAAUAGCCUGGACGUGCGAUGGAAUAGCGGCGAAAAACAUUUAGGUUUAACAAAUGAAGACGAUCCCAAAGGUGAACGAAAGAAGAGACUUUCCCUCAUGUCACGCAUCAACAAGAUCCGUUGCUCAGCUCUUCCACUGUACGGCCGAGAUUUCCAAGAAGCUGUCAAAAUAUAUACGCCUAACCAGCUGGAUGUUUGGAACGGGGGUCAUAUUCACUGCUUGAACACACUGUACAAUAAGGAUGCCAGGAAUGAAACGACAGAUUGUCUCCAAGACGCGUUGUUUAAUCCUGAAAGAAGAUUGGAAGCUCUAAAAGAUACUUUUGAUCGAUUUAUAUUCUAUGUACCUUCUGUGAAAGUGGCGGAACCCGAACUGCAAGUGUGGCAUCCUCCACCGAGUAAAUAUUGGGGCCAAAAACACGAGAAACAACUUAUACAGAAACUAUUCCUAAAACCUGCAACACCUCUUCAUAGUAUAGCAUCUGCAAUGGUAACGCAGUUUCCAGAUCCUAGGCUUAUUCAAUAUGACUGUGGGAAGUUACAAACUCUGGAUAUACUAUUGAGGAAGUUAAAACUGGGAAGUCAUCGAGUAUUGAUCUUCACGCAGAUGACGAAAAUGUUGGAUGUACUAGAGGCAUUUUUGAAUUACCACGGUCAUAUAUAUCUUAGGUUAGAUGGUACCACAAAAGUUGAUCAAAGACAAGUGUUGAUGGAGAGGUUCAACGGUGAUAAACGUAUUUUCGCUUUUAUUUUGUCCACGCGUUCCGGGGGCGUGGGUGUAAAUUUAACCGGAGCGGAUACUGUGAUAUUUUAUGAUUCCGAUUGGAAUCCAACUAUGGACGCGCAAGCGCAAGAUCGUUGUCACCGAAUCGGUCAAACGAGAGACGUACACAUUUACAGGCUAGUUAGCGAGCGAACGAUAGAGGAGAAUAUAUUGAAGAAGGCCAAUCAGAAACGAUUGCUCGGAGAUCUGGCGAUCGAAGGGGGUAAUUUCACAACGGCGUACUUCAAGAGUUCGACGAUUCAGGACUUAUUCAACAUAGACCAAAACGAAGAAAGCGCAUCUGCCCGAAUGUCAGAAGUUGUCGAACUGAGAAAAGAAAGAGAGAAGGCCCUCAGCACAGACCUGGUUCAUUCUGCUGACGAUAAAGCCACCGUCGGUGCUCUCGAAAAUGCUUUCGAAGCAUGCGAGGACGACCAGGACGUCCAAGCCGCGAAAACGGCCAAAGCCGAAGCUGUUGCAGAUCUUGCAGAGUUUGAUGAAAACAUUCCUCUGGAUGAUCAAGAGAAAGAACCUGAGAUCAGCAAGGCGGAACAGGAAAUUAAUAAUAUUAUAGAAAAGUUAACUCCCAUAGAAAAAUACGCCAUGAAUUUCAUCGAGGCAACAGAAUCUGCGUGGUCUGCAGAACAGCUUGCAGCUGCUGCAAGAGAGAUCGAAGAACAGAAAAAGGAAUGGGAGCAGAACCGUCUGGCGGCGAUGCGAGAAGAGGAGGAACGUCGUGCUCGAGAGUUAGAAGAAGAAUCUGAUAUCAUCACGUAUUCAAGAGAUGACGCCACCAACCAGAUAUGGGUAUCGGAUAACACUAUGGAGCAAAUGCCAAUGUGGUGUCCUCCAACGCCACCGCAACAAGAAAAUGACGUAUAUAUAGACGAAACUAUGGCAUUCCUCUACGACACCCACGUCAUGUCCGAAUCCCAAUUACCACCCAUUUACGUUAAGCGAGAAGCAAAAAGGAAUCGCAUCGAAGCAGGUUUCAGCGAAAGCCGAAGAGCCUUGAAAAUACCCAGAAAGGAAGAAGCUACGAACGCACCGAAAUCCUUGUUCCACUCGCCGAAUAUAUUGAAGAUGAAGCGCGAGCUGAAGCUGCAGAAGUAUCGAGGACUGGUGAGACCGUCUGUGCCGAUACCGGGGAAACCCAACAUUCAAAAGCCGCCUACGGAACAGCCUUUGUUUCAUGAAUGGACGAUUCACGAGGAUAUGGCUAUUUUGAAGGUCAUUCAAAGUUUCCAAGGUCUUCCGCUGAAUUUAAUCGUUUCAAAUUUAGGUCACACUCCAAAUUGGGAUUUCGUAGCAGAUUACGUCAAUACAGUCUCCAUAGCGUAUCGCACUCCUAAACAAUGCCGCCAGAGGUACGAGAAUCAUCUCAUGCAACGGGAAGAAGGUAAACAGCUUAGUCUGGACAACUUCAUGAAGAAGAAAAAGAACAAAGCCGGGCCCGUCCAAAAGUAUCCGAUGCCCACGAAGUCCAGCAGGUCGAUGAGGACAUCCCAGAUGUAUACUCAGGAUAAUAACUCAUCGUUUAGUCAAAUAAUGGCGGAUAGGUUUGAGGCGUUGAAGGCGCUAAAGAAAGUACCACCUCCGAAGCUGGGGGUUAAUAAUCCCUUAUUGAAUAAGACCAAACAUGCCCCAUCGCCUGUUUUGAAUGAGUGUGGUAUCGAUAUUGAGCAUCCAGUUUUACCAGUUGACGUCGCAGCAAGGAGAGCAGAGAGAAUAGCCAAAGAAAAGAAAAACAUGACGCCCGAUCAGCAGAUUGCGGCUCGCCUUCAAAUUAUGAAAAACCUCAUGGCGAACCAACAAGCCAGCGUAGCAGCAUCUUCGCCCACAGCACAAGGAACAAGUGGAACUAGCACUCCUUCCACAACGGCCCAGGUGAUAACCCAACAGAAUAGUUCAUCGGCUGCCACCACUACGGCUCCGGUUGUCAGUACUGCGGCGACUCCUCCAAAUGCUUUAAGAACUCAGCGAAUAAUCGCUUCUCCGAUCCAAACACCAACGGUAGUCUCGGUUUCCGGCCUCAGUGCAGCUCAACUACAAGCUGCAACUCAGCGUCUCAUAGUAUCAGCAGGUUCUUCUGGACAAGGCAAAGUAGUGGCCACUACAACGGCUCUUCAAGGCAAAGCCAUUGGUCAAGCACAAUUGGCGAUGAUCCGGCAAGCGAAUAUCAAGCAGCAGCUGCGACUACACACGGGAAAUUUACCGGCUCAAGGAGUUAAAACGUCAACUGUCACGAUUGGUGGUCAACAGACUGUUGUUCAAUUCACACAAGCGCAGCCCAGAGCUCAGUUCAUAAGACAAGGUACUGUUACUGUCGGCGGCAAAACAGGAAUCACUAGACCGGUAACAGAAAGUGAAGUAGCGCAGUUGUUGAAGAAGCAGCAUCAACUGCAGCAGCAGAAACUGAGCACCUCAAGUGGUGGUACGAUUCAAAGUCUAUCACCACAAGUACUAGCCCAAGCUAUUCAGGCUGGUACGUCUGGAGCGUCUGUUGCUACUCUCGUGAAGACAGUAUCGUCCACACCUGGAGCUACUCAAACCGUCACGAUUCCCGUCACUGGUGUCUCACUUUCAGCCCAAGGUAAAAACCUAGCUCCGAGUCUGAAAACGACCAAUGCCAACCAACUGCGACAGUUUCAUCUGCAACAACAACUACUGGCACAAAAGAAGCUAAGCGGCCAGAAACUUAGUAUUGCCCAAGUGGGCAAAAACAACAUGCAGGCUCAGUUGAUAGUCGGUUCUAAGCCACUCAGUACAGCGAUGACCGUUCAGCAGUUUCAACAAGUAAUCAGGUCGCCGUUGAAUGUUAGUCAGGGACCGGUAGUUUUGGCAAAAGGACCACCUACUAGAGUUAUACCGGUGAACACGCAGGGAUCAAAGCAGACUAUACAGGUAGUAGCUGCCGGAUCGUCUCAAGCAUUAAACACCGCCCUUCGACCCCAAGCGGGCACAUCGACACUGGCCGGCGCUUUAACAGGCAUCAAAGUACAAGGAGCUUCGGGAACCACUCAACAAGCUUUAUUAUCUCAGGUAUCAGCAGCUUUGAACCAGAACGUAGCUGGAAUGCGACAAGGUAGCCCCGUGCGCAUCCAAACCUCCACCGGGGCGCCGUUGGUGGCAGUUAACGUGCAGAAUGUUCAACAGCAAGCUGCUUCUUCGUCAUCGAAUGCGGCGCCCCAAGUUACCAAUCCAGAGCAAGUAAGUAGAUAUUUGAAGAAGUGAAGUGUGUAAUUGAUGUUUGUGCGAUACCUUAACUUGAAAACCUUUUACCCGCAAACAAUUAUCACUCAAUCUUCGCUUGUCCACUGCUGGACAUAGACCUCCCUCAUAAUUUUUCAUCUGUUUCGAUCUUGUGCUUUUGCAUCAAAUAUUUCAACCACAAACAACUGUAUUGAUAUAAUCACUUGUUGUGUCCAUCAAGCUCAUUCUAAGCUUUUAAUUAGACUAAAACUAGAACAGUUAGUUAAUUAAUAAAACUCCAAAUAACUAUGGGAGUCAUUCGCUUAAGGCUUUGUUUAGCCCAUUCACUCAGGUGUUAGUACGUCUUAUCUUAAUUGAAAAAGUGAACCAUGACUACCAUGAGUCUUGGAAAGGGCAAAUAAAACAUGAAAUCAGCUAAUCAUUUAUUUUACAUUAAAAAAAAUAAGAUGAAAUUUUAAUAGCAACAAAGCAAGUCCUGCCUGAAGCUUUACAAAAUUUAAAUGAUACUUAAGGCAUUGAUGUUGUAUGUACUGUUGGCUUCGUGGACUUGGAUCGCUUGUUGAACAUAGUUGGCGUAGUUGUCAGCUUCAGAUCAUGGCUUGGAUUUAACUGAAUCUAGAUGCUUGCUUAUUUGUGUCUUCAGGUAGCCGCUGAGUUUUGUUUUCUUUUGAAGAAACGCCAAAAAGAAUAUAGGAAAUAAAAAAAAGAUAUGAAAACUUACUUUAAGUAUAUAUGUAUAUCAAUAUGUUCUUACCUCAAAAAGAAGAUUUAACGAAUAUAAACAUUUAUUGACUGAAACAUCAGCUUAAAUAGAUGACAGACAUUAUAAAAACAAAUUCCCUUUCUAUUAUUUUGAAGUAACAUUGACAGAUGGAAGUCGAUAGUUGCCAAUUGACAAAUAUUUUUUAUCAACUUGUGAGUGGGGCAUAGACAUCAAAGACGUUUUAUAUUAUGCCUAUGGUUAAAUCAGUUAUUGGAUUUGAAAAAAUUAUGCAAAAGAUCAAGCUCUGGGUCUAGAACAAAACACGAUUGAAUUCACAUCUUUAGAAACGCUAUGGUUAAGAAGUUUUAGAGUUUAGGUAUCAAUUUAUACUCUUUAUUUUUUUUUUACUUUACUUUAAUGUUUUUUUAAUCCUUCCGUCGAUAUAUUUAAGUUGAAUUUGAAUUAAUUUUCAUGUAUAUUUGAAGUAAUGGUUUAUUUGUUAAGUAUGUAUAGUUUUGCUGACUCUGUUUCUUAUGUAUGUCGACGUACAAUUAAAUCACAUUCUUUGAUAAAAUUAACACACCUACCAUCAAAACUUACGUGCAAGAAAUUCCGAUGUUUGAAUCGCCCUACGAUAUUAAAAAGAAGACCUACUCUACGUCAGUGGUUCCCAAACUAUGGAUCUCGACCCUCUUGGGGCAUGGGCGUCAUUUGAAAUUUUGAUUGGGGGGGGGGCAAGCAUUAUAUAUACAAUACAUUAUACAAUACUAUAGUAAUAAAAUUGAUGUAUUUUUUGUAAAUUUCAGUCAUUUUCAGGGUCGGGUGUGGGGGCAAAUGACGCCGCUGUCUUGGAGGCUACGUUAAAGAGUUGAGGGGUCGAAAUAAUUUUUAAAAGGCACUUUAAUAAUGUUUUUCUUUUAUUAUUUUUCUAUAUUUUGCUUUUUAUUGUUAUCUUUUUAAGUUGUGUUCACUACGAGGCGCCAAGCCUUACACCGAUCAAUAUAUCGUACCCAUGUAUCCAAUACCAGGUAUACUGUCGGCAAACGUACAACAAACACUGAGUAAAUACGAAGGAGGACGACAAGAAUAGAUACAAGGCAAGGAUACAAUCCAUUGCUCUCCGUAGUGAACAAACCCUUAAAAAUACAGGCACCAAUGUAGCGCCUUCGCCUCGUUAGAUACGGAAGAAAGAUUAAAAAAAAGAAAUUGUAUAAUUUUCUUAGAUGACUCAAGUGAAACAUUUUUAUUUAUAUAUGUUAUAGUCAAAGCCCGAAUUACAGGCACUCCUAGGUUUGACUAGGCAGUCCUCAGUUCUGACUGACGGUCUUAGUCAAAGCCCGAAAUAAAUUAGUUUCAGCCUUUGACUAGUCAAACCUAGGAGAGGCUAAGUUGGUCAGGCAAAGGUCGAAAUUUAAUUUUAUGAAAUCGGGGGACUAGUCAAACCCCGAUCAGCUCUUAAAAUGUCGUAAUUUGUUAGAUUAAGUUUAAUAAAACGUCAUUUUUUAAUUUUAAUGUUUAUUAUUUUUAUAUUGUCGUCAUUAAAAUAAAAAAUUAGUGUUUAUUCUCACAUGUUGAGGCAUUAUGGCAUUUAGAGUUUCACAAUACGUUAGGCCUUUUACACUCACAUAAUUUUGAAGAGCAUUUCUUAUUGCAGUAGCAUUUUAUAAAGCCUUUUUCUCAAAAUUUUGAAUCUUUCGUACUAAUUUCUCUUAGACAGUUUAACGUCUGGAAUAUCUUCGAAAUUACGAAAAUUCUCUUUGCAUUUCAAAAAAAUUUUCUCCAAUUUCAAUCAGAAAACUGUAAUAAUACCUAUCCCCAGCUUUGAUAAAGCUAAAGGAGAUGCCCGAAAUAUUUUGGGUAUCAUACAAGAUAAAACAAUUGACGGUUUAUAUAGAGUUGGUACGAAAUACGGAACAAUAAACACACUUUUUUCAAAGAGAAUGCAAAGAUAAUUUUCUUAAUUUCGAUGUUCCAGACGUCAACCUGUCUAAGAGAAAUUAGUACAAAAGGUUCUAAUUUUGGAGGACAAUGCUUUAUAAAAUGCUACUGCAAUAAGAAAUGCUCUUCAAAAUUAUGUAAGUUUAAAAGGUCUAACGUAUUGUGCAAAUCUAAAUGCCAUAAUUCUUGAACAUGUAAGAAUAAACACUAAUUUUUUUUAUUUUAAUUACGACAAUAUAAAAAUAAUAAACAUUAUAAAAAAUGAUGUUUUAUUAAACCUAAUCUAACAAAUUACGACACUUUAAGAGCUGAUCGAUUUCAUAAAAUUAAAUUUUGACCUUUGCCUAACCAACUUAGUCUCUCCUAGGUUUGACUAUUCAAAGGCCGAAACUGUAAUUUAUUUCGGGCUUUGACUAUAACAUAUAUAGACCGUUGCAAUCAUAGUAGACGUAUCGGUGCAAAGCAGUAGACGGAUCGAUGCAAUUCUAGUCUCUCGCGUGUUUCAAGGUCUAGCUAUCAUAAGGGUAAAACAUUUUUUUUUUCUAUUAAACAACUGUAUCAAAUUUAGAUGGUGUAUUAGAUUUUUUCUUGAAUGUUAUUAAAUGACGAGUGAACUGGGUGUGUGAUAAGACAAAGGGGGUCUUUGUCAAAAAGCAAAAGAGGACAAAGCUUUUUGUCAAAAGGAGUCACUAGUCUUAGAAAGUUUGGGAAAUACAGUUAUAAUAACUAUAUAAAAAAUACCAUCUAUAACAAGAUUAAACAGGUAAAGAUUCCGUGAAGAGCCUUGAGGGGAACCAACCUUCAAUGGAGAACUUUUUGUCAAUUCAACACAAGUCCUUACUUUGGUGGAGUAGUAGAGCCUCUCAUACAUAUCCUUCCCUAGCCUUAAAUAUUUCUCAGCAACCCAUUUCCCUCUCAUACAUCUCCAUAGCUCUUGUAUAGGAACGGUGUCAUACGCCUUCUUAAGAUUUAUAAAUGCCAAAUGUAGCUCUCUUUUUAUCUCAUCGUAUUUCUCUAUCAAAGCAAACAAGGCAUCCGUUGUCCUUCUUUCUGGCGUAUACCCAAAUUAUUCUUCUCCUAUCCUUGUCUCCCUCUAACCUUCGCCUUUAGUUCUCUCACAGAUUUGUUGUCUCUAAGAAAUAUUGCUUAAUAACAAAAUAUGUAAGAUUAUACGUAACUAUCAGGAUUCUUAUCAAAAACUUGAACGAACUCUGAGCAUUUUGUCUCAAUAAAAAGUUUUGUUGGUGGUUGGUGUGUCAAUUUUGACGAGAAGUUGAUGAAAUUAUUACUAUUAAUUGAAACUAACUUGUAUUAAACGUGAGCUGUGAUAAUAAAACAAUAUUUUUAGAAAUAUUUUCACAGAGAAUUAGUGCUUAAUACUAUAUAAAUGUUAAACUCUUCAUUAAUUUUACGUUUAUCCAUUAAUUAUCCAGAAUCAGUCAUUGUAAAUAUUUAUUCACGACAUAUUUGUACCGAUCUUUAGUUUCUGAAUAAUAAAUUAUUAUUUUGAUACA